AUGGAUAAACAACUUCCUACACAAAUAUUACUUGAAUGGAUUAAUACAAAAGUAUGGAUAAUAUUAAAAAGUCAACGUGAAUUUGUUGGGAUAAUGAAAGGAAUUGAUGAAUAUACAAAUAUUAUUCUCCAAGAUUGUAUUGAAUAUGAAAUAAAAGAUAAUAAAGAAAAUUAUCAAACACAACAUAAAUUAAUAUUAGUAAGUGGAAAUGGAAUUGAUAUGAUUUCAAAAGGAGAGAAAACUGAUUUAUAA